AAUCUCCUCCUAACACGUAUGAACCUAGAACUUCGUCGAGCAGCUGACCAAUUACGUGAGACUUUAGUUCUGGAUCAAUCAAGAUUAGCUCAGUGGUGAGAGAUGUGGUCAACUCCACUGAAUGCUCAAUCAAACGUUCUGAACAUAAGACAGUGUUAUCAGUGUUAUCAGUUACAAGUGUUAUCAGUUUUGACAUUUGUACUAAGAGUAAAAAAUAUAUAUACCACUUCCAAAGUGCUGAAAUUAUUUUCUAUGUACAAUACCUCCUGCGUUCACCAGGACAGAGCUAGCUCAUCCCCCUCCACCCUGCCAGAGUGCCAGGGUCGUAACUCUCCCAGUAGGCCUUACUGCUAAAUCUAAAGAGGGUGUCUGUGUGGCUGGUCGACUGCAGGAAAACACCAGGGCAGAGUAGAACUUCGAGAGGGGGACACAAGAAGGAAGGAGAUGGAGAUUUGAUGUCAUCAAGUAAGAACAAUGGGGGGACACCCCUAACCGUCGUUCUCUCAGUAGGGGGGACUUAUCAUCUGGGGGGCCUCAAAAACAUCAUGAUGCUGACGAGACAGAGAAUAAUCUCACCCGAUCAGAACAUCUCAAGAAACCCCAGCAGAGACGUACAGGGAAUAAACCUCACCACUACUGCUCUGACUUUGGGAAGCGGUUCACUACACAAAGGUCCUUAAUUCACCAGCGGAGUCACACCUGAGGGAAACCAUACCGCUGCCCUCAAUGCGGAACUAUUUUGCUGCAUCUAACGUCUUAAAAUAUCAUCUAAGAAUCCAUACAGGAGAGAAACCGUACUACUGCUCUCAGUGUGGAAAGAGUUUUGCUGCAUCUAACACUUUAAAAUCUCAUCUGGGAAUCCAUACAGGAGAGAAACCGUAUAGCUGCUCUCAGUGUGGGAAGAGUUUCACGUGUCCAGGGGGUCUUAAAGUACACAGAAGAAGCAAUACAGGAGAGAAACCUUACAGAUGCUCACAGUGUGGGAAGAGUUUCACUGCUUCUCACACCUUAAAAUUUCAUCUGAGAAUUCAUAGAGGGGAGAAGCCUUACCCCUGCCUUGAUUGUGGGAAAGGUUUUGUUAGUGCAGGAGCCUUAACCGUACACCAGCGAACACACACAGGAGAGAAGCCUUAUAGCUGUGAUCAGUGUGGAAAGUGCUUUUCUGUUUCAGAAAAACUAACUAUACACCAGCGCAUACACAGUGGAGAGAAACCUUAUAGUUGUGAUCGGUGUAGGAAAUGCUUUGCUCGGUCAGGAGAGCUGACUACACACCAGAAAAUACACACUGGAGUGAAGCCUUAUAGCUGUGAUCAGUGUGGAAAGAGAUUCAGUCAAUCAGGGACACUGAAUUCACACCAGCGAACACACACUGGAGAGAAGCCUUAUGUCUGUCUAUGUGGAAAGAGCUUUUCUCAUUUAGGGCCAAUGAAAAAACACCAUAAAGCAACAAUAUGCCAUAUUUCAUCUCCCUCCUAUCCAGUUCCAGAUCCCUAAAUACAUGUGAAAUAGAAAACAUCUAGUGAACAGUCAUAUCCAUCUACCAUUCUAAAACAGUUGACUUAGUCUGAUCACCAUGGUAACCUCUGGAGCAUAAUAUACAGCUCUGAUCUAGGACCAGGUCUCCCCUGUGUCUAUGUAAUAUCACACAUUGUGUUUUUAAAUGGAUCAUUGUCAUCAUAGAAGAUGUCAUAAUGAACCUGUGGGGGGGGGGGUGAUAAUUGUCUUCUUUUAUAUACUAUUAUUAUUAUUAAAUAAAGUGGAGCAGUGGUCUAAGACCAUCUCAGUCUUUGACCACGAGGCAUCACUACAAACAACCUGGUUCGAAUCCAGACUGUAUCACACGUGAUUGGGAGUCCCAUAGAGUGGCGCACAAAUGGCCAAGCGUCGU